AUGACCGCGAACGAGUCUGAGAGCAAGCGCUUCGCGCCCAAGGUGCCGGUUCAGCUGGAUCCGCCAAAGGACGAUCUCAUCUCGCAGGAGGAAUUGGCCAAGUGCGACGGCACCGACCCUAGCCGUCCGACCCUGGUCGCGAUCAAGGGCACUGUCUUCGAUGUGACCCGAAAUGCUGCCUACGGCUCGUCGGGACAAUAUCGCGUGUUCGCCGGCAAGGACGCCUCUCGCGCUCUCGCUUGCUCGUCGCUGAAGCCCGAAGACUGUGUGCCCGAUUGGUACGAUCUUGACGACAAGGAAAAGACCACAUUGGAUGAAUGGUUCACCUUUUUCAGCAAGCGCUACAACAUCGUUGGCAAGGUCGAAGGUGCCAAGAACACCUAA